CGUGGUCAUAUAUUGUCUUCAGGCAUUUUCUGGGAACCCUACGCGACUUUCGUCAAGCUGCUUAAGGACCCCAGGAUGUCCAUGCUUGCUGAACCCCGGAGGAAACAGAAGUGGUCUGUUGACCCCGGGAACAGCACCUGGAGUAAAGAUGACUCCAAAAUCGGCCAGAAGAUGCUGGAGCGAAUGGGCUGGUCCAAGGGCAAGGGCCUGGGCAGAGCUCAGCAAGGCGCCACCGACCAUAUCAAAGUUAAAGUUAAAAACAACACAUAUGGUUUUGGAACCACUGCCAGCUCUGAGGAUAAGUGGAUCGCCCACCAAGAUGAUUUCAAUGAGCUUCUUGCUCAACUGAACAACUGCCAUGGUCAAAACAGCGGCCCUGAACCUCCACCACCAGAGGAGCCGAAAGGAUUCAGCUUGGAAGAGAAGUCCAAGACUUCCAAAAAGAGGGUCCAUUACAUGAAGUUCACUAAAGGAAAGGACCUGUCCUCCCGUAGUGAAACGGACCUGAACUGUAUCUUUGGCAAGAGAGGAACAUCUGCCAAUGAUCAAAAGAAGGAGAGCAACAGCGGUGAUUCUCAGGGGGAAACUGAGAAGACUUUUACUCCUGCUGCGUUUAAAAUCGAUAUAGAGUCCAUCACCAAUACUGUGAACAGUACUCUCACGAUGCAGGAGUAUUUUGCACAGCGAAUGGCUCAGUUGAAGAAGUCUCGUGGACAGGCCCAGAGUGAAGCACCCUCGAUGGAGACCGACGAGACUUCGGGUCCAUCUGAGGAACCCAGUCCCAUCCUCAUCUGCAACGACGACUCGGAAGAACCCAAAAAGAAGAAGAAGAAGAAGAAGAAGAAGAAGAGCAAAAAGUCAGAGGAUGAUCUGGAAGUGGUAGAAGAGCACAGUACCGCCGCUCCUGUCAUAAUAGUGGACAAUGAGGAACAACAGCACGAGCGUUCGGGGGAAAAGAGGAAAAUGGUAGAAAGUGAAGGAACUACAUCUGAGAACUGUAGCGCCACCUCUGGAGCAGAGCAGAACUGUGAGGAGUUGCCUCCGUCCAAGAAGAAGAAGAAGAAGCUUAAAAAACACCACAAGGAAGCCGAGCUACUAAAUGGACAAGGGCCAACUGAGGAUCAAACUGUAGAAUCUGAGGUUGUUCACAAAAAGAAGAAAUGCAGAGAGGAGGUGGACGAUGAAGCAAAGGAGGACAAGGAAGAGGUGGUCGAGAAAAAAUCCAAAAAGGACAAGAAAAAGAAAAAGAAACCUCAAGAAUAGGAUGGAAUUAAUAUAAUUUAGCUUCCAAUUCCACCAACACUUGAGGCUUCAGGGGGACUUACGUUGUCCUGAGAUCAUAAACAUGAUCAUGGCGGCACGUGUAUGGAGUAAUUGCCUUUUUACGAGCAAGUCAAACACUUAUAUAGAAACGAUCUAAGAACUUGUUCAUGAAGAACACUUUGCUGUGGUGAGAAGAAAAAGGAGAUCACGUAAUAACCUUGAAGCUGCCCCGAAAAACCACCGACUUCUACCGUUGGCCACUGGGACCCACAUUGUUGCAGCAGAUGUUAAAAUGCCAUGACUUACAGAAAGAGUUAGAAAGUUUGGGAAAUACAUUUUACUUUCUUGUUACUUGUAGACAAAACCAGGCCACUAGAUCCAGAUUGCUAAAUUGAAAAUGAAUUCCAUAAAACUACCAAAAAUGUUUAUGAAUAAAAAAAAAUUUUUGUAAACAUUAUAUGCAAUAUAAUGCUUUUUCUUUUUUUUUCAAAUACCAUCAUUUGUGUCUUACCAUCUUAUAUCCAUCAGCAUUUCUAUUUAUUUAGCAUUCACAGUGGAUUUUCUUUUCUUUCCAGCAAUUAGUUUUAACCAUCGUAUUCCAUUUCUUCAGACAACGGAUAUUUUCCUAAAUCAAAGUGACCCACAGACAACAGUAGUCUUCUUGAUGUAUGUACGGAAUUUGAUGAUGUUUUCCUAGAAAUCUGCGAAACGUAAAUAAAUCCAAAUAGCAAUG